AUGUUGAUAUCCGAUGGCAUAAACCAUGGAAAACUGCAAGCUAUUAUCGUUGGAGAAUUGAAAAAAGCCGGUUUGAAACACCGUUUAAAGAAAAUAAUUAUGAAAAAUGUAAAAGAGCACAAGACUGUAUUCGGAGCGCCGUUAGCUAAGGUCCCAUCGUGCAGUGUUAUUUGUUGUGGUAGCACAUUGAGUGUUCCUAUUAUUGUCAGUGAGAUGUCUUCAGUCCUAAGAGCAAACGCCCGAAUUGAAGGUUUAUUCCGUAAAGCUGGCUCUCAAACACGCCAAAAAGAUAUCAAGCGCUUACUGGAUGCAGGUGGUUGUGUUUCUGAAGGUCACCAUUCUAUUGACGUGGCAAGCGUCCUGAAACAGUACCUGCGGUGUCUCCCCGAGCCUCUUAUUAGCGCUGAAGUGCAAGAUCUGCUGCUCCGAUGCAGACUUACAGCUGGGGAUGACGCCCUAAAGCCUAUUCUUCGUACAUUGUUGCUGCUGCCUGUUUUACAUGUUCAUCUUUUGCAUUACAUCAUGGAGCUGUUGAAUUUCAUAGCAUCACACCACAAGGAGAACCUGAUGGAUACUUCAAAUCUGGCCAUUGUUAUGGCACCUAGCAUCAUGCCACUGCCAGCUGCAUCCUCAGCGCCACGAUUGGAGCAUCACGUAGCUCUUGUGAAGAUAUUUAUCGAAAACUCGAAACUUAUAGGACUGUUAACAGACGAUCUCAUGAGCCAACUUGACGAUGAUUCCGACGUUUAUCUCACAAGGAGGAAGAAGAGACGAAGUGGGUCUUUUAAUCGUAUGCUGAGUGGUUUACGCAAGAUGGUAUCAGGCAACGUGAAUACGCCAGCAACAGUUCGCGAAAGUGGAAAGACUCCUAUUCUCAGCAAGUCCGCCUCGAAACGCAAGUUCGACAGCUACGAUGGUCUUUCAGCAAAAGCAAAGAAAGAAAUAACCAACAAUCUACCACAGAAAGAACUGACUUUUACGCCAAUAAAAAUGGGUCUGGAAAGAAAGCGGCUACGACUUAGCUUAAUGGACGCAAGGAGUACACCAAUAAUUAAUUCAGAUUUCAGUUCGCACAAAAGUUCGGAAACUAGCAUCAGUAGUGAAGACUUGCUUACUUCCUCUGAACAUUUAUUCAGUGCUCACGACACUAUAGACUUAUCGCCGGAUAUGAAGCAACCAAAUAAGGAUUAUGUUCGUAUUUCUAAGCAAGAAUACGAAGAAAUCAAAAGCAGAGUUUCAGCUAUAGAGAACAGACUUUCGAGGGAAUUUACAGACGUUAUACCAAAGGUACAGCCUUUCCAGCAAGUGCAAAAUGUGUACGAGCAAACUUUAGAGGAAGUUGCAAUGCUAAGUUAUCCUAACUCUGAUCAACUGGCUCGGCGAUUGAGCAAAGAACUGAAAAUUCGACCAGAUGAACAAGCGAAGAUUAUUCGAUCGCCAAGUGCAAGAAAAAUUGGCUCAAUAAGGCGGAGAUCUAAAGAGAACAUAACUAAAAUCGUUAGACACAAGUCCUGGAAUGUGUCUUCACAGUCACAAAAUAAUGCAGAUCGAUUCUACCCAUACAUAGGACUAACGCGUGACAGAACACACACCGCAAAGCCGGAGUUAGUGGUUACAAAGAUGCUGAACUCCGAUUGGGACACGUCGGUCUCCGAAAAUUCCUUGAACAAUGUGUCAGAUGCUAGUCAAAAAUAUCGUUUGCGGAAAAGAUCAAGUCUUGCUUCUGAUUAUAAUCUCAAUAAAACUAUUGGUAAAGCACGGAGAUCUCUGAACAUAACUAAUAAUAAUGGUUGGGAGACAUCAGCAUCUGAAAGCUCUAUGAAUAAUACCUCAACUUCUGGAAUGUAUAAAAAUUGUAAGAAGAGUCUAUCUCCAGCACAGCCGAAGUGGCGUAGUGCUGCUGCAUUUUUCAUGGAGAAAACUGGCGAAAUGGACAGUUCUGGCCAAACGGGUCGUCCUUCGGUCAACAAGUUACGUAGUCAGAACGCUGGAGCUGUUCUUGCGAAAGCUAAACUCUUUGAAUCUAGUUCCGAUAAGUCUUCCGAGAGGAAUGAAAAACCGGCAAAUACUGGUUUUGCAAGACGUCCUAGAAUUAAUGGCCCACAACCUGUCAGACCACAGAAGAAUGUAGCUUAUGUUAAACCCAAGAUUCAAGUUACCAGUGAUGAAGUGGCACCUCGAAUACCUAUGCGAAUCAAUAGAACUAUUGAGGCAGCUCCAAUGGUGCCGUUGAGACCGUCUCAUAGAGAUGGCCUGGAUCUUUUGAAGAAUAGUAGACUUAAGACUACACCACCUAUCAAGAAAGUCUCAUCUCCUUACAACAUUGUGAAAACACCCCAAACACCAGCUCUGAAAAAGCCGUUGUGUACGGCAAGAACAUUACGCACGCCAGCACAGAAUACGGAUUACAGGAAACCAAAUACUCCACUUAAAGCCGUACAUGUUUCUCCCAGAAGGCGAUCUCCAAGACAAAAGUUACUAAGAUACAAUCUACCUAAUUAAUUAUUUUGAACCUUAAUUUUAAAUAAGACGUAAAUAACUUUUACUAAAGGAAAUUUAAUUAUAGAUAAAAAAAUGUUAUUGCAGAAACGCUCAAUUAAAAUUAGUACAAGUAAAAUUAGUAUAUGUAAAUGUGAUUUAACAAAUCAGUUGCCAUGUUGUAAAUAGUGAAUUAUUUUUG